CUGUCCAAGGGUUAGCACUGGUGCAGAUGAAAUAGUAGUUAUGGGAGCGGCCUUUGUUCCUGUGUACAGCGCUAAUACGGUGUUUCCUCCUUUCUUUCCUGUAAAUCUAAGGGGUCUUCAUGAAUAAUUUAAAUGAUCCUCCCAACUGGAACAUCCAGCCAAAUCGGAGAGAGCCCGGGGAUGAAGGCAACAGGUGGAAUUAUGCUUUGCUGGUCCCCAUGCUGGGAUUGGCAGCCUUUCGUUGGAUCUGGACCAGAGAAUGCCAGAAAGAAAUAGAAAGAGAAAAAAAGGAAUAUUAUAAAAAACAGUCAUCUUUACAAAGAGACUUGGAAGCCAAAUACCGGGAUAUAAUCACAGAAAAUCGUCGCACAGUUGCUCACUUGGAGCUGGAGCUUGAAAAGGAACGCAACAGAACCCUGAGUUACCGUCAAGCGCUGGUGUCCCAGAGUCGCAAACUAGUAGAAGAAAGAAGAAUCCUAGAAAAGGAACAGGAGAAGUUAGAGCGAGAAAAACAAGUUCUCUUGCACUCAGGAGCUGUAGGUAGCUUGUACCAAAGUUAUCUGGCAAAGGAAGAAGAGUGGCAAAAAAGAGCCAAUGUUCUACUAAAAGAAUUUGAAGAUGGACUUAAAGAAAGACAGAAAAUCUACUGCAGUCUUGUGGUGCCAAGGAACCAGAGACUAGAAAUAGAGAAAAAUUUGCUAGUUAAAGCAGCAACUGAUCCUGUUGCUGUGGCUCUACAAAUGGAGAGUGGCUUGAAAGAUAUUUUCAAACAUGAUAACUACUGCAGCAAUCUGCUGAACACAAACAAAAGUCAAAAUGGAAGGCUUAUGUGGCUGUAUCUUAGAUACUGGGAACUAGCUAUUGAAGUACAGAAGUUCCAGAGGGUAGAAAAUGCCAUGUUAGGAAAACGAUAGGUAGGGGAAGUGAUGAUCUUUCAUGUGAUCCACCACAAAUAAUAUGGACUAUCACAAUUGUAGUCUGAAGCUGUUAAAUUCUCCUGCUGUGUUUCGGUUUCCCCUCCUCAUUGCAUUUGUAUUUGCGUGGGAUACGUGCAGUGUGGGUGUCUUCCUUGCACUGUCUAACAACAAAUGCUCCAGUGGGCUGUGCACUUUGCUCUAAAACUCUGAGUGUGUUUAUAUUGCAGACUGCAGUGUAGCGUACAGACGUGCAAACUUCUGUAGGUACCAGAAGCAGCAGUACAGAACCCUGGUUAGGCUAAUUUACCUAGUUGCUGGUUAUUGUCCUCCAAUGGAGAAGUGAGAGUUGUCUCCCUAAAGUCAGGUAGCACAUAGUGCUUUUCAUUCCUGAUUUCUUGCAUGGUGUCUCAUUACAAUAUUUUUUAAAUUUUUUUUUUUUUUUUUUAGCAAGACUGAUUUUGGGGCAGAUGCUUGGAAGAGACCAUGAACGGGCAAGGAUCUUUGUCACAUAAAUCCUACUUGUGCAUGCAUAUAUAUAUACAUAUAUAUGUAUGUUUGUGUGUGUGCAUGUAUAUAUGCAUUUGUAUAAUACAUACAUUGGUAUGUAUUGAUAUUAGAAGGGGGAAAGAAUAUGAUCAUGUUUUAGAUUAAUCAGUCUUGCGCUGUCUUCCAGGCUUAACAUACAAAUAGGACUUUCUGUAGGAAACAUCCGAAAGACGCUAAUCAAAAUAAUGCCUAAAGAAACAGUAUGAGCAAAGUCUGCUGCACCUAGGGAGGCACAUCUGAGUUCUAAAUGGAAAUCAUAUGAACUCUAGGUUAUGUAUCUGUCAUACCGUAUAAAUGCUGAGAAUAUAUAUGUUUUCCUUUUUAAUAGAGGUUUUAGUUAUUACUAAAAAGUGUGCCUCCAGCAUAGACCUCACUGUGCUACUGUCGCUGUGUCCUGGUGUACUGGGUGGUACACGUUUAUCUUCCAGGAGCCUCUGAAGAUUCCAGUCAGUGCGCCUGGUACAGGCCCUGUUUGUUACUUGCACAGAGAAACAUAAAUGCAGCCCGGUCAUGCAUAACUACCAUAACUACUUCCACCCCCAACGGUCUCAGUUCUCCCAGAGCCGCAGUAUACUUUUCCACAACUCUUUCAGUUUUGAACUUACAGUUCACCCCUUCAGGUACACAUGAUUGUGAAAGCCUAUGGACUGUGAGCUACAAGCUUUGCAAAGGUUUAAGUAAGAGGACUUUUAACUUUAUUGAGCACAAUAAAAUAAAAAGAUCUAAAUAGAACAUUAAAAAUGCCACAGUGCAUUUCCAUGCCUGAAAUCCCCUACAACUUUGGCUCCUUGUAAGCACCACCUUCAGUUUCAAGUGUGCCAUGCAUUUUGGAGCAUAACUGUUUUUCUUCUUCCUCCUUUCUAAUCCAGCCUUACUCCCAAAGCAGCACUGUGUACCCUUUCGCUUAUAACCUUCUCCAUGACUUGACAUUGGGCAGUGUUGGUUGGGAGGUUGUCAGUUUUUUUAGCAGUUCUUUAGUUGUUCAGGACCCACCUUGAAAGAAGAUGCCCUAGGCAAUCAGCUGUUGCUCUGCCCAGAAGCAAUCCAGCGGUGUGGAUGCCCAUCCAAGUUUAACAGAGAACUCUGGCAGAUGUGGAGUUUUCUCCUCUUGGUUUCAUUUCAGCCUGGGCACGGGAGACAGCAGAUAAAUCAACCAUAUAAAUCAGCUAUGCAACCUAAUGUUGUUAGUUACUCAGCAAAAAUAUCCCACAUGAAACAAAAUUCUUUAACUAUGUUCCUCAAAUAAUCAUUUCUUCAGUUGUGAAUUUGCUCACCUUAGUGGUGAUAACUGUGCUGUUGUAUUGAUCUGUCAGCCUCUUAUGGACGGAUAUUUCUUAAAAAUAAAGUUGUAGUAAACAGACAGAGACUACAAAAAAAAAAAAAACCUGUCACAACCACCGAAAAGGCCAAAGGUUUUCUAGAUGCCAAACAUAUGCAGGUUGGGAGAUGACAGCAAGCAAUUGAAGUACUACUGUUGUGUGACCACUUGAGCCAAGGUGCUGUAGCUGACCACAUGCACCUGCCCUAAUUGCUUAGUACAACAAAUUAAACAGCUUUCCUUGUGUGCAAUUCCUUCAGCAUGUGGAAACUGGCCACACAAUUGUGGAGGAUUUGAUGUGUACAUACAGGCAGUUACAGCAGUUCAGCUGUCAUACAGUAGCCAGUGUAUCUAUGCCACUAUAUUCAAGACUCAUGCCUUGACUUUGUAUGUAUUCAUUGGUUCUUGAUAUUAAAGGGUCAAGCGUUUUAUGCUUUGAGUUUUUUCAUCGUUUAUGUCACUGACAUCAACUCAUAAUAUUUAAAGAAAACAUGUAAUCGAGAGGGUAAAAUACUUUCUCCAAUAUAAAUAUGUAAAUUGAAGCAUCAUGUGCUUGAUUACAUGUGAUUGAAUGCAACGUAAUAAAUGAAAUUCACUUUCC